AUGAAACAAACGAGCCAACGCUUUCCUCAGCGUAGCUUUACGUUGCCAGCAAUUAUACCUGACGACAACCUCUCUGGUAUAUCAAGGCCUCCAGAGAUAUGCGUCGACUAUCUGAGCUACGAAUGGGAUGAAUAUGAUCUACAGACUUCCUGGAAGGCCAUGUCUAAACAAAAGAAGGAGCUUGCUAAUGGAAUUAGGCUGGAAAAUGCCAGCUGGAGGACUUGGACUAAACAAAAGUAUCACCUCCAAACUGUCAACCCCUCGAAAUUGAACUGGUUGAAAGACAGUGACGUAACUUGGCUCUAUGGUCCACUACAUACUUAUGGUCCACUUUUAUUGGAAACGUCUCCAAAAUCACAAACGACAGCAGCUCGUCGGAUACCCAACUCUACCAAAAGGAAUCGGACGAUUCCAGCGUCUCGUCAAAAAGUUCAAUUUCCAUGGGAAAAAUCAGAUUCAACAACAAGUGGAAGCAAUAGUGACUCCGGGAGCAAUAGUGACUCCAGUGCAAUAGUAAUGAAGAUAUCUAGACGACGACGAAUAACGUCGAAUGAUUACUCAACCAUAUGUAAACUGGAACCGACGACAUUGAAAGAGGACAGGAUUGCCGACAAUCAAUAUUCGGCCUUGUAUUCGAGCCGACGAAAUUCCAAGCAUUCAUCUGGACGUUCGUCUGGAUACUCUUCUUCUUCUUCGUCUCGUUCGACACAACGUGCUGCUACUACUACUGCAACGCCAUCGUCACCGACCAUCGACAGUUCGCCGAUACAAAUACAGUCACCCUCUGACAACUGUUGCUUGUCGUCGUCUCCCAACGCAAUCCCAUUGCAAACUUCCCUUCCGUACCCAACAUAUUCCAACUCGUGCGUUUGGUCGGACGAACUGGACGCAGAUGACUAUACAGGGUUCGGCGUAUUUGCGCCGGACAUCUUUGAUGAUUUUGAAACGUCUUCUAUAUUGUCUGCAAGUCAGAACCAGAGGGAUCGAGGGGACGAUUUCGAAUUUGAUGGAGUUGGAUUAGUGGAUAGGGCUGUCCACAUCGCAAGCAACGUCAAGGAUAUCGUACACUGGUGUUCUUCGAUGGUGUUCAACGGGCAAGUGCUCUAG